AAAUCACCCAUCUGCAAAUCCGGAUUGCUGCAUGACUUCAUGUGGCUGGGCCCAUGACGACUGACAAAUUUAAUGAUAAUACGGAGUAGACUCAGUGUAAGUUAUUAUUAUCUAUUUGGAAUGCCUCGAAUGGGACUAGGGCCUACCGAUUCUAUGCAGAUUUGAUCGGUGCAGCCCUCAACCACUCUUUUUUAGUCUUGACAGCGUAACCACCUCGACUUUUUUUGAUCUCGUUCUUUUCUCUCUCUCUCUUUUCCAUAUCAAUAAUCCCUUUUCGCUCUUUUACGACUACUUCCUUCCUCCGCUUCUCGUCUAUUUACCCCAUUUAUAUAGUCUCUGUUGAUUAACUCCAUGUGCACCUUCUGAUCGCACGUUACACACCCUCCAUCCAUUGAACCUCUACGUUCCUUGAGAGCGUACUCGGUCUCCUUUACGAUGGCCGUCCGCGAUGUUGGCCUUCAAGGCCUUCAUACACUGUUGCGACGGGACGACUCCGAUGACCCCAAAAAUACCUCCAGUUCGGCCAGUAGUCUGGUCACCACAUUGAUCCCUUCCUUGAUAGUUGCCGUCGUCAUGGUUCUCGGUUUCAUUAUUCUUCGUCGCAGCAAUCGCAGAAUGUACGUGCCGCGUACGUACCUCGGCUCGUUGCGUUCCUGGGAACGUACCCCCGAAUCUCCUACCGGCCUCUGGAAUUGGGUCAUGGGCAUGUACAAAUUGCCCGAUACCUACGUCCUCCAGCAUCAUUCGCUCGAUUCUUAUCUAUUGCUCCGAUAUGUCAAGCUUUCAUCCGUCAUUUGCUUCGUCGGGUGUCUCAUUACUUGGCCGAUUCUGUUCCCCGUCAAUGCAACUGGGAAAGGAGGCAAUAAGCAACUCGAUAUCCUGAGUAUCUCUAACAUCGGGGAGCAUAGCCGUGGUCGCUAUUUUGCCCAUGUUUUCCUGGCAUGGAUCUUUGUCAGUUUUAUCUUCUUCACCAUCACCCGGGAGAUCCUUUACUAUAUCAACCUCCGCCAGGCGUACUUAUUCUCGCCCGCGUAUGCGAGUCGCUUAUCGUCCCGUACCGUUCUUUUCAGCUCCGUUCCUCAGAAGUACUUGAGCAAGGAGAAAAUAAUUCAAAUGUUCGGACAGGAGAAAGUCAAGAAUGUCUGGCUUGUUACCGAUACCGGAAAGCUGGAAGACAAGGUCCAGAGGCGCGACGCGGCUGCCUUCAAACUUGAAGCUGCAGAAACAAAACUCAUCAGACUCGCAAACAAAGCACACCUAAAGGCGUUGAAGAAGCAGGGCAAUGUCGAAGAUGCCAUUGGUCUGGAUAACAUGAAUGCAAAUGAGGGCGAGCCUGGUUCUAUUGCUGCACGAUGGGUCAAAGCCAAGGAUCGACCCACACACAGAUUGACCCUCUUGAUUGGAAAGAAGGUUGAUACAAUCAAUUGGUCCAGAUCUGAGAUUGAACGCCUCUCAGCCAAGAUUCAUGACCUCCAAGAAAAGCAUCGUGCUGGUGAUGCCAAGUUGGUUACUUCCGUCUUCGUCGAGUUCCAUAGCCAGGUGGAUGCGCAGGCAGCCUUUCAAUCGGUGGCCCAUAACCUUCCUUUACACAUGGCACCGCGUUAUAUCGGUAUUGACCCCACCCAGGUUGUCUGGGCGAAUCUGCGCAUCAAGUGGUGGGAGCGUAUAAUCCGUUAUAGUGCGACCAUUGCGUUCGUGGUGGCGUUGAUUAUUUUUUGGGCCAUUCCGACGGCUGUCGUUGGUUUCAUCUCCAAUCUUGACAAUUUGACUUACUACGUCCACUUCAUUCGCUUUGUCAAUCAUGUUCCGGGCUGGAUUAGAGGUGUUAUCACCGGUCUUCUCCCGACUGUUCUCAUGGCGGUGCUCAUGGCUCUUCUCCCGAUCGUGCUUCGAUUGAUGGCAAAGUGGGGAGGCGCACCUAGCUUGGCAGCUGUAGAGCUAACAACCCAGAAUUUCUAUUUCGCUUUUCAAGUGGUUCAGGUGUUCCUGGUCGUUACUCUCUCUUCUGCUGCCACCAGCUCCGUGCAGUCUAUUAUAAAGCAGCCUACAUCCGCGGCGACAUUGUUGGCGAAAAACAUUCCCAGGGCAUCCAACUUCUACGUCUCAUACAUUAUCCUGCAGGGGUUGUCCUUCAGUUCCGGUACCCUUAUUCAGAUUAGCGGGUUGAUCGUUGGUAAGAUAAUGGGCUGGCUCUUCGAUGACACUCCUCGGAAGAUGUACACCCGUUGGUCCACCCUGUCUGGGUUAGCCUGGGGAACUGUCUACCCCCCUAUUUCAUUACUUCUGGUGAUCGCUGUCGUCUAUUCGUGCAUUGCCCCAUUGGUACUUGGCUUUGCGACAAUCGGCUUGUACCUCUUCUACUUCGCCUACCGGUAUAACCUGCUGUAUGUAUCCAAUGCGGACAUUGACACGCAAGGCAAAAACUACGUUCGUGCACUGCAGCAUAUCACGGUGGGCGCCUACUUGUUGAUGGUCUGUCUCAUUGGUCUGUUCGCCAUUGGUACUGCCAGUGCAACCAUCGCUGUUGGUCCACUGAUCCUCAUGAUCAUCUUCCUUGUCUUUACCAUCAUUUAUCACAUCUCUCUCAAUCAAGCUGUUUACCCCUUGAUUGAAUAUCUGCCCAAGAACCUCGAGGCUGAAGAAGAGGCCCUCCUUGGCCAAGAUCGGCUGAAACUCAAUCGAGACUCUGAUGGAUAUCCAACAAAGGACCUCGCAGAGUCGAGCUCUGGACCGGAAGGCCAUCAUCGUGGACCGAGCGUUGAUACGGCCGAGAAAGGCCUGACCACCAGCAGACCUGUGCAGCAGGGCAGAUUGCAAACAAUCAUCAUGAAGUAUCUUCGUCCUGACCAAUACGCUAACUACGAGACCCUCCGCCCACUAGUGCCUGGUGGAUCGGAACCCACGACCUACCCUCCCGAGGUUGAAGAGAAUGCGUACGUUCACCCAUCCAUCACCGCGGAGCCACCUCUACUCUGGAUUCCCCGCGACGAUCUCGGCGUAAGCAAGCAGGAGAUCGAACAUACUAGCCGCGUCAUCCCGAUUACGGACGAGGGCUCCUGGCUGGACAGCAAGAAUAAGAUCCAUUGGGACGUUAAUACUGGCCGGCCUCCUAUCUACGAGGAGAAGGUGAACUAUUGAUCAAUCCGGUUGAGCUGGCCUUUUUUAUAUAAGAUAAUCUGUCUUGGUUUGGUGUUUUGGAUACCCUGCUAGUUGCAGCUGAUAUUCCUACGGGUUUAUUGUAGAUUCACGGAGUACAGCGUGUCUUUGUUGCUUUUUAUUCCAUACGUUCCUAUACUAUACCUACCUUAUAAUUUUACGAAUUCCUCAUGUUUAUGCUAUGCUCUCUCGAUGUUUAUCUGAGUAUACGUUAGUGACGGUUAGCGGGGAGCCAGAAACCGCCCUUAAUGAAACCGUCCGUCUGCCUCUUUUGUCAUAGUGAUUCCUACUGCCCUUUACGAGAUAGUGUCUACCGCUUUGGGGAUUGCGCCUCCCCUCACCGCUUUCAAACCAAAACCACAACUACAGAUCUCGAUAUUUGUUCGGCCCCUGAAGCCCUAGUUAGAAAGGUUCUUUGGCGAGUUCUUACUAAUUAAACCUAUCUUAAUUAUAGGUUAGCAAGGCUCCAACCCAUGGCAGGAUUGAGAGUUUAUCGAAUAUUCUACAAGACGUAGAACUGAGCAUGGGGUGAGCGCUGACCUGAGUGGUGAGUAAUAUGUAGCCUCAAUAAAAU